GUUGUCCCUCAAAUGCCAUGAUACGAUCGUAAACGGUCCAUUUCCCAACAUCAAUCUAUGGCGUGCAUCAGCACACUAUCUACUCACAAACUUAGAGCAUCCCGAUGCCAAUGCUAUGCCAAGUACCACUGAAUAUUCUUCCUUCCACCUUCUCCCACCUUCUCCCACCACUCUACCCUCAGAAAGUAAUGACAUUGACCCUGAAGACGAUGCUGAGGCCAGAAACGAGCUAAGUGCCCUUAAUGGGCUUAUUAGGAUGAGUCCUGAGCCGGACAUAGAUGCUGAUCAUGCUGACCCCGACCUGCCUACCAAUGCAGCUAGUGGCCUGGGAAAUGCUCUCGACCCUGAGGUGGCCCCAAGCCAUGUAGAUGACAUGCUAGAAGCAGGGCCAGAUGGCGCAAUUGACCUUGCGGGGAAUGUCGAAACAUUCAGCGAGCCUCUUGCCAAUUUGGCUCCACCUCCUAUGGCUAUUUGGCAUAAUCAAUCAGGAGAUGCAAAUAAUUCCAGCAGUAAUGAGAACAUCGAAGAGAUGUUCUGGAAUCAGAACCCUUGUCCUCAGAGCCUUCCCCCGAUUCCAAUGAUCUUUGAUGUUAUAUGCUCACCCAGCAAAUCCUCUCAGCAACAAAAGCCAACAAAAAUUUGGAAGGAAAUAAUGGAGUUGUAUUUGCCUAAAGAAUCAGGAAGAAUGGUGAAACAAGAUGGCCAGACAAGAUACUACAAACACAUCACAAUCUUCCCUGAUGCACUAGUAACGGCCAAUCACUGGCUGCUGAU